AACUACAGCGAGUUGGCUUGUUUCGCGACCAUCUCGUUACACAACAGUUCAAGCAACAAGCAGAAGUGUUUGUCAUUUAAUUUUUUACGUAUCAGAUUCAUAACAAAUCAAGUUUUUAAAAUGUACUAGCUAAGGUGACAUUCAUCUGUCAAAAUGAUACUACCUACAGGAAGAAUAGUCGCACGACUAUCUCGUAAAUAUUGGCACACGACACAGAGAACAAUCACUACCCAUUAUACGAUAAAACCCAGAGAUAAAGAUCCAAGAUGGAAAGACGUCGAUAUGGAAAGAUACGAAGACGUAGCUGAUAUUGUCAUCGUUGGUGGAGGUCCAUCUGGUUUAUCAGCUGCCAUUCGUUUGAAACAACUAUGUAACGAGUUUAAUAAAGAUUACAGAGUAUGUGUGGUGGAAAAAGCUUCCGAAGUGAGUGGCCAUAUUCUAUCCGGCGCUGUAAUCGAAACGAAAGCUUUGGACGAAUUAUUCCCCAAUUGGAAAGAACUCGAUACACCUUUAAAAACACCAGUUCUCGAAGACAGUUUCGCAUACUUAACCGAAUCUAAACGUUUCAAUGUGCCAGUUUUCCCAGGAUUACCGAUGUAUAAUCAUGGGAAUUACAUUGUUAGGCUAGGCCAUUUUGUUAGAUGGCUUGGCGAACAAGCCGAACAAUUGGGAGUGGAAAUAUAUCCGGGAUGUGCGGCUGCUGAAAUAUUAUAUCACGAAGAUGGCUCGGUGAAAGGAGUAGCUACUGGAGAUGUAGGAAUUGCUAAGGAUGGAUCUCCGAAAGAUACUUUCGCUCGUGGUAUGGAAUUACACGCCAAAAUUACAAUUUUCGCCGAAGGUUGUCGUGGUCACCUGACGAAACAACUAGAACAAAAAUACAAUCUCAGGGAUCAAGCUGAAUCGCAGACGUACGGUAUCGGUAUUAAAGAAAUAUGGGAAAUUGAUCCGAGUAAACAUAAACCUGGCAGAGUUGAACAUACCAUUGGUUGGCCUUUGGAUAAAAACACUUACGGAGGAUCGUUUCUUUAUCACUUGAACGAACAAUCUCCGUUAAUAGCCGUCGGCUUUGUUAUUGGACUAGAUUAUACGAAUCCUUAUCUAAGUCCUUUCAAAGAAUUCCAAAGAUUUAAGCACCAUCCUUCGGUAAAAUCCACCUUGGAAGGCGGUACCAGAAUCUCGUACGGUGCCAGAGCUUUGAACGAAGGAGGAUUCCAAGCUAUACCUAAGCUAACCUUCCCUGGCGGAUGCUUGAUCGGUUGCACUGCUGGAUUUUUGAACGUACCUAAAAUUAAAGGUACUCAUAAUGCGAUGAAAUCAGGAAUGCUGGCGGCAGAAUCAGCGUUCGAAGAAUUAUCCAGUGAAAAGUCUUCCCCUACGAUUGGUAUUGAACCGACUCAAUACGAAGAAAAGAUCCGUUCCAGCUGGAUUUGGAAAGAAUUGAAACAAGUUCGAAACGUUCGACCAUCGUUCCACACCAGCCUUGGUUUAUGGGGAGGAAUUUGUUACUCAGGGUUCAGUAUUAUUGCCAACGGUAUCGAACCAUGGACCUUUAAAUUAGGAAAACCUGAUAAUCAAAGGCUGAAACCAGCUACCGAAUGUACGCCGAUUGAGUACCCCAAACCGGACGGAGUGAUCAGUUUCGACUUACUGUCUUCGGUGGCGUUGACCGGAACCAAUCACGAGGGUGAUCAACCUGCUCAUCUAACAUUGAAAAAUGAUGACGUUCCAGUUGACGUUAAUUUGAAACUUUACGAUGGCCCUGAGGGUAGAUUUUGUCCAGCUGGAGUCUACGAAUACGUCCCUUUGGAAGAUGGUAGUGGCGAAAGGCUGCAGAUAAAUGCGCAAAAUUGUAUUCAUUGUAAAACCUGUGAUAUUAAGGAUCCCACUCAGAAUAUUAACUGGGUUGUACCUGAAGGAGGCGGUGGACCUGCUUACGAUGGAAUGUGAAACGAAGUUCUGCCAAAUGUGAUAUUUUAUUUUUAAAAGUCUGAAUUUCAAUUUUACGUUUCAUAGGGUUUUUUUUUGUAGUAUUGCGUGUGUGAAAAGACGUUCAUUUUAUUGGAAUUAAAAAAUUUGUUACGUAUGGAA